AUGAAGGACCCUCUUAUAGAAAGCGAUAUAUCUCGCAGAAGAGCAACGACUCUCGUUAUGUCUGAAAGGAAUUUCAAAAUCCCUUUACCAGAAAUCAACCCUUUCCCUUUCAACAAAAUUUCUACAAGCAAAUAUAACUGUGUUACCUUCCUCCCUAAAAAUUUAUGAUUCCAGUUCCAAAAACUGGCAAACGUUUAUUUCCUUGUAGUUGCAGUUUUACAAGCUAUUCCAGAAAUAUCAGUAUCUGGAGGAGUCCCAAACAUUUUAUUGCCUUUAGGUUUUGUCUUGACUGUUAGUGCAAUUAAAGAUUUGCUUGAAGAUAUGAAAAGGAAAAGAUCAGAUAAUGAAGAAAACAAUCGAUUAAUAAAGAAAAGACAAAAUAGUCAAUGAGUCAAAAUAAAAUGGGAGCAAGUAAAGGUCGGGGAUGUUUUAUUUGUGAGUAAAGACGAAUAUUUUCCUGCUGAUAUGAUUUUACUAUCAAGCUGCGACACAAAAGGAAUUUGUUAUAUUGAAACGAAAAAUCUAGAUGGAGAAACCAAUUUAAAACAUAAAUUGGCGAAUAAAAGCACACAGGAGUAUUUUUCUGAUCCGAGCAAAUUUGAUUAUUUUACAUGUAGUGUUAAAUGUGAAGACCCAAAUCCAAUGAUUUAUAAUUUCAAUGGUCUCUUAAAGAUUGAAGGAAUAACUAGUGCACUAUCUAAUGAACAAUUUUUAUUAAGAGGAUCUUCAUUAAAAAACACUGAUUGAAUUGCAGGUCUUGUCGUAUACACAGGCCACCAAACCAAAAUUAUGCUGAAUUCUGCCAAAUCUCGAGCAAAAGUGUCAAGUCUAGAAUCUUAUAUGAACAGAGAGGUCAUUUAUAUUUUCCUGCUACAGCUCGGAAUUUGCGUUUUUUGUGCAUCUUAUUAUGCAAUAUGAUACACAGACUACAAAUACGAGACAGAUAUUUACUUGGAUUUAACAAGAACUGGCCAUGCUGAUUUUGUUGAAUUUAUUGUAAUUUUCUUUACAUGGACGCUAAUUUUUACAAAUUUUGUCCCUAUUUCUUUAAUAGUCACUCUUGAAAUGGUAAAAUUUUUGCAAGCUGUUUUUAUUGCAUGGGACUUGAAAUUAUAUUACGAACCUACAGAUACCCCAGCUGGUGUCCAAAGCUCGAACCUUAAUGAAGAAUUAGGCCAAAUUAAUUACGUGUUUUCUGACAAAACUGGAACUUUGACUUGCAAUGUGAUGGAGUUUCGGAAAUUUUCGGUACUUGGAACUUCAUAUGGAACCGAUGACCAUUUAGAUUUGCAAUACAAAAUCCCUCAUGUAGACUUCGUUGACAACAGCCUUGACCAUAGUGACCCUAUGAUUAUAGAAUUUAUGAUGCAUUUAGCUUGCUGCCACACUAUAAUUUCUGAAAUGAAAGACGGCGAGCUUGUAUACAAAGCUAGUUCCCCUGAUGAGUUAGCUUUAGUUAAUGCAGCCAAGUUUUUUGGGUAUGAGUUUAUAGCAAGAGACCAAGACAUGAAUAUUGAAAUUAAAAUUGGGGAAAGGAAAAUGCAUUUUAAGCUGCUAAAUGUUAUUGAAUUCACAAGUGAUAGGAAAAGAAUGACUGUAAUUGUGAAAAAUCCAGAUGGAAAAAUAAAAUUAUUAUGCAAAGGCGCUGAUAGUGUGAUAUUACCAAGACUGAACCAAAGUGAUUUGAUACCUAAAACUUGGAAUCAUUUAGAAAAGUAUGCAAAUGAAGGACUGAGAACGUUGGUUAUUGCAAGUAGAGAGCUAUCUGAAAGCGAAUACUUGGCUUGGAAUUUGAAAUUUGAAGAAGCCAUGCAAGAUAUCCACCAUAGAGAAGAAAAAGUUAAUGAAGUUGGAGAAGAAAUAGAGCAAAAGCUUAAUCUAAUAGGCGCUACAGCUAUAGAAGAUAAGCUGCAAGACAAUGUCCCAAGUACUAUUAAAGCUUUGAGAGAUGCUGGCGUAAAAAUUUGGGUCCUCACAGGAGACAAGGUAGAAACUGCAGUCAAUAUUGGUUUUUCCUGUAAUUUACUUACUAGUGAAAUGGUCAGAAUUUUGGUGACUUCUCCAAAAACUCACUCUACACUACGUGAGCGAACAAAAAAAUUUUGAUCGCUCACCGGUGGGAGCCCGAAAUUUUAAAAAUGUCCCAAAUUGUAAAAACUGAGAAGUAAAAUUAAUUUAAUUUGUAAAAUUUAUAUUUAAAAGUAAGCUAUUUAAAUUCCAACAAAAUUAGCUAGAGAUUUCAUUAUAAUAAUUAUCACUCAUGUAGAAAUAUAUUUUUUUUAUUCAAAUUUGCAUAUUAAAAAAAUUUUUGGUGGGCUUUUACCAAAAAUUAAGAAUGUUCCCAAUGGUUUCGUUCGCUUAUGGAGGGGAGUCAGCAGGUCAGCGAAGAACUUGAUAGGGGGAUAAAAUCGUUUGGGGCAAACACUGAUACACACUAUGCCUUAGUGGUUUCAGGGGAAGCACUAUUGAAAGCUAUGAGAGGAGAAUUAGUAAAAAAAUUAAUAUUGGUGACUGACAAAUGCAAUGUAGUUUUGGCCUGCAGAGUAUCACCACAACAAAAAGCUGAUAUAGUCAAGAUGAUACGAAAUAAUAAAAUUGGAGCUAGAACUUUAAGUAUAGGAGAUGGAGCAAAUGAUGUCAACAUGAUAACAGCUGCACAUGUAGGAGUUGGAAUAGCUGGAUUAGAAGGCGCGCAAGCUGUCCGUGCCUCUGAUUACUCAGUUGCUCAAUUUUCCUACCUAAAAAGGCUUAUGUUUGUGCAUGGCCGCGAAAGCUACCGCAAAAAUGCUACUUUGAUUUGCUAUAAUUUCUAUAAAAAUGUUUUACUGGUAAUUCCUUUAUUCUGUUAUGGGAUUUUUUCAGCGUAUUCUGGGCAGAUUUUGUAUAAUACAUGGACCUAUCAGACUUUUAAUAUCUUUUUUGCUUCACUUCCUAUUGUAAUUUAUGCGCUAUUCGAUAAAGAAAUUUCUUAUAAGCGACUUGAAGGAAAUCCGAUGCACUAUUUAUUAGGUCUAAAAGGAAGGCUUUUUAAUACUUCAAUAUUUUGGUUAUGAAUUUUAGAAGCUUCUUUGCAAGGACUAGCAAUUACAAUAGUCGUGAUGUUUUCUCUUUGUGGAGAAACAUCCUCAAUAGAGGGUCGAACAAACAGCAUGUGGACAGGCUCAGCUCUUAUCUUCGCUAUUGUUGUUAUAGUAGCUAACGGCAAAGUAGUAGAAUUCAGCUAUUCCCAUUAUUGGUUUUCUCUCACCAUUCUCAGUGUCAGCGUUUUAUUGUAUUUCUUUAUACUAGCAAUUUUAACUGAAUGGCUGCCUGUAAGUGAAUGACUUGAUAAUUAUGACAGCAAAGGAAGCCUAACACAAAUGUUCGCAGAUGGGAACACUUAUUUAUGCUCUAUUUUGCUGAUUUUUUCCUUUUUUUUCUACAAGCCUCUUAUCACUCAUACUACAAUGCUGAUAGAUUUAAUAACUCCUCCCCUCUGCUAGCGAGCAAAACUAUGGGAAAAUCCCACACAAAAUUUUUUUUAAUUUUAUGAAAAAAAAUUAUAAUUAGUAUAAUCAAAUUCUGCUUAAUUUUAAACAGCUUUCAUUUUAAAACAUAAAAUUUAAAAAUUUUGCGAAUAUGGACUUUUUAAAUUUUUGAAAAAAAAUUACUUUAUAAAUACUUUUUAAAAAAAAUUAAACCCCCAAUUUUUUGUUAACGGAGUGGUGAGUAAGGAAAAAGAAAAUUGUGAUGCUUGAAGACGAAGAACUAGAAGAUAGCGAUAGAGAAAAAGCUUUACAAGAACUGCCGCUAGAAGAAAAAGUUGCGGCACAAAUAAGCUUGCAAAAACUAUCCGUAAAACGUAAGAUUUUAUAUAGACACCGGCUUCGCGUUCAGUGGAGAAGCAGGACAUGUGCCACAAAUUACAGAGAAAUAUUUCAGGAGCUCGACAGAAUUACUAACUUAA